GCAACCCCACUCUUCAAUGCACUGAAGCCGGCCUUGUUGCGGAUUGCAAAUUACAAUCAUCAUGCCUUCAAGUGCAGACAAAGUGAACGGCAUCAUAUAAUCGAACGAGCCGUUGCCGCUCACGGUCGAUGAGCUUACGAAGCAUUGGUUCACUUAGAUUCUCAACAAGCAUGUCCAAAAUGUUGAAAUCAUCGAGACGAUCCAUGGAACGGCAUCCGAAAUCUCAAUCAAAUUAACGUUCGAGAAUGAUACCGAUGACAGCGCCAGUAAUGUUUGCGUCAAAGGCGGUUUCAAUACCGACAAUCGAGAGUCUCUGCCUUUCCUCUACGCCAUUUACCGGCUUGAAGCCGAGUUCUACUACUACCUUGCCCCAAGGCUCAAGAUCCCUCUUCCACCGGUAUCGUAUGCUGGCACAGAUACUGUGAAUGGACAGGGCAUUGUUAUAAUGAACGAUCUCAAAGCUCAGGGCUACACAUUUGGUAGCCCCCUUGAGACAUGGCCAGUUGAGAGGGCGAGGAUGAGUGUCGAGCAGCUAGCUACCCUCCAUGCCAGCACCUGGGGGGAUACAGAUGAAGGGAUUCCCUCUGUGAGCGAAAUUGUUUCAAUCAGAGAUGCAGUCGUGGGAUUGUUGGCGCCAGAAGAAUGGGACAGACGAUUUGCUCCAGGUGCGAGACCUCCAGUUCCUAAGUUUAUGGAGGAUCGGGAGCGCAUGACGGCGGCAUUCAAGGCUCUUUGGGCAUCAGACUCCAAAAUGAAGGGCAUCGUUCAUGGCGAUGCACAUAUUGGAAACACGUUCAUAUCACCCACUGGAGAACCUGGCUUCCUUGACUGGCAGGUCAUUCACGCUACUUCAGCCCUGCAUGAUGUUGCUUACUUCAUCGGCGGCUCAAUGUUAAUUCAAGAUCGCCACGCUCAUGAGAAAGACCUCUUGCAGUCUUACCUCAGCGCCCUGAAGCACACGGGCGGCCCGAAACUUGGGAUUGAGGAUGUUUCGGAAGAGUACCGACGAUAAACCUUUCACGGAUUUGCGUGGGCCCUUGCUGGACCGCUGAUGCAGAGCCGCGAAAUUGUCGAUGCCAUGGUGGAACGACACUGCGCGGCGAUUGUAGAUCACAAGAGUAUAGAAUUACUCGAGGGCCAGGAGGUAUAAAAGGAGCUAAUAAUGUUGCAUAAGAAUAAGAUACUAUUUACAACAUAGGCGGAUUACCA